CAUAGUUUGCAGCAAUAUUUAAAUUUAUUUAUUAUUUUACUUUAAUUAAUUUAAAAGUAUUUUUUUUAAAUUAGUAGGUAUCUAAAGUGAUACUAAUAUUUUAUGGUAAGAUGACCGCGGCAAUGACUUCGGUAUCACAAGCUCUAUUAGAGUGGACCAAGGUAUUUCCAAAGCAAGUAACUGAAAAUUAUACUAGUUCCGUCACAUUUAUGAAACAGCUGACCGUGGUGGCUAUCAGUACAAUAACUUAUUUGAAAAAUGCAUUUCCUGAAGACAGCUAUACGUUGGAACAUUUCGGAGGUCUCAAAUUAAGAAUAUUGAAGAAAAAAUGUAGAAAUGAGCUCGCUCAUUUCUUGACUACGGCACUCACACAAGGCUUUGAGGCAUUUGAUAAGAAAUAUUUGCAUCAAUUAGCACUUUGCUUCUACGAAGGGGAAUGUAAAAGCGAUAAUUUAAUAGAAUACCACAUAUUCGAGUACUUGUAUCACAAUGAUGGGGUGAGCAUGAAUGUACACUCAAAAUGUCGGGACAGCGCGAAACGUACCACAAAGUACACUUUGGACAACAUACGAGAGAGGACUGUCCACUUGAUAAGGGCGUGCGUGGUGUUAAUGCAGACGAGUCAGCAGGAUCUCACCAGUGAUUAUGAUGUCAGCCUGCGACUUUAUUAUAAUGAUGAUGCCCCAGAAGGCUACCAAGCGCCAGGCUACGUCGCCGAAGGGGAAGACCACUUGCAAUCCUCUGCGAGCCUCGGGGAGAUUAUCCAGCUAGGUUGUGUGGAGACGCCGUUUCACAGCCUCACAGCCAGUUCAUUCUUCAGAGACAACAUCCGCGCCAGCCAUGAAGCUAUUCCUUCACCUAACCCGCCGGUGAUGACCCAGACUCCGUACGAUAUUAAUGAUGUAAUGCAGAGUGAGACGACUGUAUUGCUGUCGGACACCAGCGAGACUUUACUGCGGUGUUCGUGUAACAAUUACGACGGGCUCGAUGUACACGACACACCGCUACUCACCUGUGUUUACUGCAACACGCAACAGCACGCGGUGUGUUUCGGUAUACUGGGCGGGGAGGUGGCGCGAUUCCGUCGGCACUGCUGCUGCGCCUGCGCAGACGACGACCGCGCACGCACGCCCACAGAUCCUAAACUCGUCCAUCUCUCCAGGGUGAAGAGGGAGAGUAUGUGCAUGUUCCGUCGAGCGCUGGCAUGGUGCAAUGAGUUGGUGGCGGAUGCAGGCGGCCUGGUCUCUGUGAGCGCGUCUACAUUGACGUCUCAGUUGGCCCUGAGACCGCUAUACGGUCCCAAACUCCUGAAGCUAUUCGCCUCCUACGGAAUCCUUGCACAUCAGCCCGAAUUAGACAUUUCUACACCGAGGCAAAUAAACCAGGAUCAACUGAAAUUAACAAUGGAGAAAUUCUUCGACAGCCAAGGUAACAUCGUGGAUCGACUUCUAGCCGAAACUUUCGGUUCUCAGGAAAGUCAACCGGAUCCAGUUGGGGAGGUUCUUGGCCCUUUAGAGAAGGUGAGUCUACAGAAUGCCUCUAAACUCGGCAGGGUUAUAGACAAUCCUAUUGAUUCACAGCCAAAAGCCGUGGAAAAUUCAACCUUGCUGCAAUACAAAGAAGCUCUCAUAUCGAAUUACGAAAGAGACAAAGAACUACCUCUGAGCGGCUCCCAUAACCCAAUAAAAGAUGUCGAAAGUCUUGGGAAAAAGACUUAUAAGAGAAAAUUGAAUGAAAACGAAGAAAAACCUAAGCUCAAAUCGGGUGUUAGAACAAAGAAAGCCAAGAAUAGAGGAUGAAUGUUAACUGAGAGCUUGUUUUCCCUAAAUAAUUCACUUUGUUAUUUGUUGUUUGUAUUGUUCUCCUUAUAAGGACAUUUGAUAACUACUGUUUAUUAUCCAUUUCAAAAUGUAAAUGUAUUUUACUGACCUAUUAUACUAACUAUAGUAGGUAAAUAAUAAUAAAAUAAUAAUAUUAUUGUA